CUAACUGCUAGCAAUCCACUACUUGUCCAAAACGGAAAAUUAACCGUUUAGUGGAUAGAUUUAGCUAAUCUUCAACAUUUCACCAUCUGUAUGAGCGAGAUUAGUUUAACCGUACACGAUCGGUUUUAACCAGCAAACGCUAACGAGUGCCGAUAGUAGUCAAUCGAUCAACCUGCGGUUAGCUAAGCUAGCGUUAGCUAGUAAUGUUAGCAAGCCAACGUUUCCAAACCUUGAGUUCUUUCUUUAUUUUAUAUCAAGAACCACGUGUUUGCCUGACCCUGUCAAUAAAAGUAACACAAUUUCCUGAUUCUCAUCAAAAUGAUUGCUGUCAGAUAUCUAAACUAUAAUGAAAACUAAAGAAAAGAGUACACAUGAUGUCUGCUGCAGAGACAGUAGAAAAUGCCUCCAUCAUGUCAGAGAGUGCGGCCCAUGACGGAAACCGCUUGUGGAUAGGCAACAUUGAUCCCAAAAUUACAGAGUAUCACCUGGUCAAGUUGUUGGAGAAGUUCGGCAAUGUGAAACAGUUUGACUUCCUGUUUCAUAAGUCUGGGCCUUUGGAGGGACAGCCACGGGGCUACUGCUUUGUCAACUUCAACACCAGAGAGGAGGCAGAGAGGGCGAUCCAGUGUUUAAAUGGGAAGCUAGCUUUAUCUAAGAAGCUGGUUGUGCGCUGGGCGCAUGCACAGGUGAGGAGGUUUGAAGGUUUCCGCAAUGACAAAACGAUGCCACCGAGCCUGGAGCCGUCAUGCAGCGGGGCGGCCGAGGAUGGACCCGUAACUGCCAACCACCUCAGUACGAGUGCUAAGAUCCGCGCCAUCGAGGCCAAGCUCCAGAUGAUGGACGAGAAUCCAGAUGAUGACUACUCGGGCCCGUCGGCCUACGUUUACAACAAACCGCCAGAGAGGAAACGCUGGGAGCCCUACUCUAAAUCACACCACAAUAACCAGAGCAGGCCCUUCCGCAGGUUUAGGAGAUGACCCAUCCUCCUACUCAUUCUGGAGCCCCCCCCCCCCCCCCCCCCCCUCACACCUCAGCCCCCACCUACACACAAACAGACUCUACACGAGAUACUUUAAAGACUGUACACACUGGACUCUUUGGGAGUAAUCAGCAAUCACGGACAAGUACCGAAAGUGUUUUUUCUUUUGUUUUGGUUUUGGUUUACAGUUAUCAGGUAUUAUUUAGUCAUAAAUGCCCCAUACCUGACUGCUGUGCAGGUUGGAUCCCUUAUCAGUCUGCUUUCUCACUUUUGCAGAGAUGUAAUGCAGUUGAAUCAUACAGCAGCUGUGAGUCACAUGAUGCGCAGCUGCCAGGAGAGAGAAAUGUUGUUAUUAAAGAGUCUAAAUGCCGAUUCUCUUAUUGUUUUUGACAUGUUUUACUUUCAGAUCAAAUUAUUUAAAGGUGAAAUACAGUUUUAGUCUUUAUUCAAGACUUCAAUGAAGAGGAAGAAAUGCAAAGAUUUGUAACAGGUUUGUAUUCAUGGAGUUCAAAUGAUAAGCCACUCAGCGACACUUACUGUGAGCUGCAGUGUUUUUGUGUGGCAUUGCUCUUUUUCUAAUUGUAUGUUUUUUCUUUUUCUUUCUUGGAUUCAAUUUUUAUACAACUGUAGCCCUCUUUUUUUUUUACUGACUUUUUUGUGUUCUGUUGAGUUUGGGAAUUUCCCUUGCCACAGUCUCUUUAUUUUACGAUUAAAGGCUAAUAAAUAUGUCAUCUGCA